GAUGCGUUCAAGCUAAACUAAAACAAGGUUUUAGGGAUCAGUAUGCACUUUGAAGCAAUUUUCUAUAAACAAUACGUAUUUUGCAUUAUUUGAAUCACUGAAAUAAAUAAAAUUGAAUGACACAUUAUGUAACUAUUGUGCAUUCAGUAUUAAGAACAAUGUGAAAAAAUUCUAUAUUUUAGUACAAAACGUCACAAAAACUCAUAAAUACUACUACACGCUCUCAAUAAAAACAUAAAAUAAUACUGACCUGAUGAAUAAGGUUGGAUUUAUAACACAACAAUGAAUGGGAAAGACAAUGGUCAAGUUCUUAGAACGUAACUUAUGCAACUGAAAACACAUCGCGAAAUCGGCCGCAAAGUACACAACAAACUGUUUUUCCCUCAUUUAUCGGCAAACUUGACGAUUGAUUAUUGUUCCGCGAUUUAUUAGUGGUGCUACAUCUACAAAUUUUACAAUGGGUGAAAAUCAGGUUGUGAAAAUGCAGCUGGGAGCGUUAAUUUUUUUAAUAUACCUCGUAUUUCCCGCCAUAUUUGCUGAGGAUGUAAGCUACCAAGCGUGUGUUGAUAAAUACUCAAGAAAAGGCUACCAACCUUGGCAAGAAUGGUCUGAUCAUUACACGUGUCAUAGAUAUAGAUGCGAGAUACGAGAUGGGAAGUACUUCAUAGCUGCUGUUGGAUGUAGAAAGCCGAAAAUACCCGAGAACGCAUUGGAAUGUCAUGAGUACAUUGAAGACGAGAACGUUGAGUUCCCGACUUGCUGCGCUCGUCUAAGGUGCGUCGUCGAAGUAAACGGUGAAAGAAUUGUACAAACAAGAGGCCAACCAGGUGAACUCUUCCCUGACAAGCCAUGGAAGGGCCAACAGAACGAGCCCAACCCCGCAGUCGUGGGAAUGAGCGGCAUUCAGCAAAACACUGUCGGAGGUGAGCCACAGGGUCAACCCGCGCCAGGCAUCUUCAACAGUAGAGGAGCAGCGGAUGGCAACGAUAUUAAUGGACGGCGCUACGUAGACCCUUACCCCAACCAACCUAUGCAAGAGUCACCGAGAAAGAAGAGAUCUACAGUCUACCCACUGUUCGAUAAGACAAAUGGCCGUGAUUCCAGCUCCUAUCAACUACACCAAGUCAAAAUACACGGAUAUUCCCCUGAAAAAUAUACUUCCUACUUCACUAAUAAUAAUCUUAAAAGUUUAACGAAUCCUAAAUUACCUCUCAAUAUAAUGUCAUAAUUUUAAAGUACGUAUUUAUUUUGUUAUUUGUAAUA